AUGGGCCGGAGGAAAGCGGCCGGCGGUCCGACCCUGGGCCGGGCUCUCAUCCGCCAUCAGACCCAGCGGAGCCGUAACCACCGUCACCCCGACUCCUGGUUGCACACAAGUGAACUCAAUGAUGGCUACGAUUGGGGUCGUCUUAAUCUUCAGUCGGUGACUGAACAAAGCUCACUUGAUGAUUUCCUUGCAACUGCAGAACUUGCGGGAACAGAGUUUGUGGCUGAGAAACUUAACAUUAAGUUUGUGCCUCCUGAGGCUAGAACUGGACUGCUGUCUUUUGAGGAGAGUCAGAGAAUUAAGAAACUUCAUGAAGAGAACAAACAGUUCCUGUGUAUACCAAGAAGACCAAACUGGGACAAACAAACUAGUCCAGAAGAGCUCAAACAGGCAGAGAAAGAUAGCUUUCUAGAAUGGAGACGCCAGCUUGUCCGGCUAGAAGAGGAACAAAAGCUGAUAUUGACACCAUUUGAAAGAAAUCUGGACUUUUGGCGCCAGCUCUGGAGGGUCAUAGAGAGAAGUGAUAUUGUGGUCCAGAUAGUAGAUGCUCGAAACCCACUCCUGUUUAGAUGUGAAGAUUUGGAAUGCUAUGUGAAAGAACUAGACGGCAGUAAGGAGAAUGUUAUUUUGAUAAACAAGGCUGACUUGUUGACCACAGAGCAGCGGAGUGCCUGGGCCGCUCACUUUGAAAAAGAAGGAGUGAAGGUGAUUUUCUGGUCAGCUUUGGCUGAAGCUGUGCAGCUCAGUGACAACUCAAAGGAGCAAGUGAAUGGAGAUUCUGAAGAAGACAACACCACCAAGUUUGAGAACUCAGAUUCUGAUGAGGCUGAAAUUGCAUACAGUGAGUCUGGCCAUCUCUCAGACAGGGAUGCCCCCUCCCCUUCCAAAGGUCCUUCCAGUGAUGAGGACGACAAUGAGUAUGAGGACUGUCGGGAGGAGGAGAAAGAGGAAGAGGAUUGGCAGACGUGUGCAGAAGAUGACAGCAGCCUUGGAGAGUCCCCUGGCCAGGACUCGGGGGAAAGCUGUCCCGCGGAUUCCGACCAUGAAGGCAGGCAAACCCCACAGAAGAGGCAGACAUGCAAUCUUAGCCAUCUAGUAUCGAAACGGGAAUUAUUGGAGAUCUUAAAGCAGCUACACACUGGCAAGAAGGUGAAAGAUGGCCAACUUACUGUCGGACUGGUAGGGUACCCGAACGUUGGUAAGAGCUCCACAAUCAACAGCAUCAUGGGCAACAAGAAGGUGUCUGUAUCUGCCACACCUGGUCACACCAAGCAUUUCCAGACUCUCUAUGUGGAACCUGGCCUCUGCCUGUGUGACUGCCCCGGCCUGGUGAUGCCAUCCUUCGUCUCUACCAAGGCAGAGAUGAUUUGCAGUGGGAUCCUUCCAAUAGACCAGAUGAGAGAUCACCUCCCACCUGUAUCACUGGUGUGCCAGAAUAUUCCAAGACGCGUUUUAGAAGCGACAUACGGGAUUGCAAUCAUAAAGCCCAGAGAGGAUGAAGAUCCUCAUCGAACUCCAACAUCAGAAGAGCUUUUGACAGCCUAUGGAANUAUGCGAGGCUUUAUGACAGCCCAUGGGCAGCCUGACCAGCCACGAUCCGCACGGUACAUCCUGAAGGAUUAUGUCAGUGGGAAGCUGUUGUACUGUCAUCCGCCUCCUGGGACCGAUCCUGUGCUUUUUCAGCAUCAACACCAGAGACUCCUUGAGAACAAAAUGAGCGGUGAUCUAUUGAGGGUGCGGCCAAGCAGAAAGAAAAAAGCAGAGCAGAUUGAAAAUAUAGUUGACAAAACUUUCUUUCAUCAAGAGAAUGUGAGAGCUUUGACCAAAGGAGUCCAGGCCGUGAUGGGCUACAAGCCUGGGAGUGGCCUGGUGACUUCCACUGCUCUGAGCUCUGAGACUGUGGCUGGGAAGCCCUGGAAAAAACAUGGUAACAGAAACAAAAAAGAGAAAAGUCGGAGACUCUACAAGCAUCUGGAUAUGUAA